UCGUUCGACACUGUAGGACUACUAUUGUACUCAAAAGAGGGCGCAGUAGAGUGAGUAGACUAGAAAAUGGCGGAUAAUGAUGACUUGGAACUUGACUCAGAAGGGAACACGGGGACCACACUGAGUCCUUCUGUGAGAAAGAAUAUUUCUCUCAAACUAAAGGGAAAAGGAAGAGGUAGAGGUCGAAAAGGAACAAGAGUAAGAAAAGUUUUAGGUAAAAAAUGUGGUGGUGGUGGUGGAACCAUUUCAGUAGGUGAAGAGGAGGAGGAAGAAGAGAAUGACAUGAAAGCGGGGGAGGAGGAAAUUUCAAAUGCUAAAUAUAAUCUUGAUGAAGACAUCUCUAAACUUGAAACACCAACUUUCACUACUAUCAGUAGAGGACCUGCAGAACCCCUUCAUCAGAACAAGCAGUUGCAUUGGAAUCAUAAAAUCAAUCUGAUUGGAGAAAAGGUAGUCAAUCCUAUGAUCCAUUGUUGUGAAAAAUGUGCUGUUCCCAUUUUGAUUUAUGGGAGAAUGAUACCAUGCAAGCAUGUAUUCUGCUAUGAUUGUGCCAAAAAAGCAGAGAAAAUAUGCCCAAGGUGUUUUGAUAAAGUACAGCGUGUUGAGCAAAGUGCUUUAGGUACAGUAUUUAUGUGUACGUACAGAGGAACACGUCACGGUAAUGGAGGCUGUCGUAGAACUUACCUUAGCCAGCGAGAUCUUCAGGCACAUAUCAGCCAUAGGCAUCUUAGACCUCCAGCAGCUCCAGCUCCAGUUAUUUCUACAACAGUCCCUGUGCCCACACAGAUGGCACCACCUACAAUAGCAGCUCCAGCUAUUACUGCUACAUCUAUGAUUCAUGCCUCAUCUCAUCUUGAUAUUCGAGCACUCGGCUCCACUGAUCACACUCAUACACCCCCACACAUGCCUCAAGUUUCUCAACCUCAGCAUCCUCAUCCUCACCCUUUGCCAGCCCAGCAAGAUUACAGAGAUCCUAAUGAGCCACCUCGUAACCAGGUUCCUGUUCCUAUCCCUACACCAGUUCCACCUCCACGAACAUCCCACCCCUACCCACAUCCUACAACAACCAUGGGGCACCAUCCCCAUGCAUCAUACUCAAGCCCAAUCCCUAUUGUCACCACCCGUUCGAACUUGAUCACAGUACCUAUUCAAGAUGAUAGCAAUACACCAGGGAUUUCACCACUUCAGCAACUUCCACCUCCUCCUGCUCCAGCUCCUCAACCACCACCCAUCCAACAGCAUCCCACACCUCCUAGUCCCUAUCCUCCUCCUCAUCAUCAUUACCAACAUCCUCCUCCACCAGCCCCUAACCCAUCACCUUAUUCCCAACCACCACAACCAGCUUAUGCAUCACCUCCAACCCAAAAUUUUAGUCAGUCAGGUCCGUUGCCUACUCAUCUUCCUCCGCCUCCCAUUCACCAGUCUAAUCCCCCUAUGUUUUCUGCACCUCCUCCCCCUGUGCACCACAACCCCCCACCUACAUACUCUACACCACCUCCACAUACACUGCCCCCACCACCACAACAGUAUCCACCUUCCUCACACUACAAAGAAUCAGGGUCAUAUUGCCAGCCAUGGGGUUCAGGUCCCCCUCCCGCUAGAGCUCCACUUCAUCCUCGUCCCAUGAGUAGACCCCCAGGGAAUCCUAACAUAGGGAUGCCACAACCACAUGGCUCAGCCGACCCAAAAUAUAGACAUCCAUACUACUAGGGCAUAAUUUUUGCCAUAAAAAUUGAUGAACUUAAACUGAAUUGAAUGCUUGCAACUUCUGGUUUGUAAAAUAGUGGACUUUGUUGUCAAUUCAUAAUACUACUUUCAUUUAUGUUUAUGUAUCAACUUGUAUAAAACUGGCUUUCAUUUUGACUUUACAAUAUCAUCUUUAAACUUAACAUAAAAUCAGUCAAAUAGUUGUACAUGUCAUUUUUCUGUUUAAGCUUGAUUUAUCUUUAUUAAUUUGUCUUGUUGUUGAAAAAGAAUUAACAUUAGCUUUGUCUGAAGGUUCUUGUAAAUAUGUUCACAUAAAUAUAACAGAUUUGUUAGAACAAAGUUCAUUAAAAUAUUAUUUUGAAAGCAUAUUAAGUUUAAAUUGUUUGGUUAAUACUAUGCAUAAAUUUUUCCUUAAAAAUAUUCUCUGACAUUCUAUAAUGUGACCAUAGUGUAAUACAUGUUUUGAAAAUAUUAUAGUCAUUAUUCAUAUUGGUAUGUUCUAUAUAUAAAAGGUCAGAGAAUACUUAAAACCAUAAUCUGAGCAGUAUAAUAAGUUUCUUAUAGAUGUAACAAUAAAGCUGUUAGUCAAAAGCAAUCUGUAUAAAAUCAGAAUAUAUAAUUGCUAUUGUAGUAUUUCUGUAAGGAUUUUUUUUCCCUUCUUUCCCUUGAUCAAAUGGACAGUAGUGAUCACUGAUCUAUAUAUAUAUAACCUGGAUCAUGCUCUCUCUGUCUGCCAUGUUACUAUUCCCAAAACAAUCACACGUGUUACAGGUGUAUGAAGCUGCUCUGUAUUGAUCACAUACAGGCUAGGUUUACUGAUGCUCUGGAGUGGAUUGAACAAGAAAUACAAAGCCCAUGUUUCACCAUUUUCUAUAAAUGUAUCGAUGCGCUGGUUUGCAGAUUGAGUUAUUUGAAUUUUUAUUGUUGUAUCAGCUAUGGAACUAACCUAUACUGGUAUUUUAAAUUAGAUUUUAAUGCAUAACCCUCUCAUAAAAUUAACAGACUAGCUUAUUUGACCUGUCUGUAUUCUGUAACAGAUGGAACUUAUUAAAGUUUUAUUAUCCAAUGUUAUUGUAUGUCAUAAUUAUAGUAUGACAGCAAGUAUUUUUUAUAUUUAUAUGAAAGCUUUAUGAAUGAAUACACAUCAAAUUCUUUUGAUAUAUAUAUAUAUAACAACAUAGUGCCGAACAUCUACAAGGUCUACAGGUAAUACAAGCAACACUAAACUGAACCGUCCAUGUACAUGAUCAAAAUGAUUCAAGUAAAGUAUCUUCUCAACAAAUGUGAAAAUUAUGGAAAUACAAUGCAAGACAUCAACAUUAUGUGCAUGUACAUAUUACUUGCUGUUGUGUUGGUGUCAUUGUAAUUAGUCAGGCCUAUCAGCCCAGACCUACUUGUAAACUAUUGAAGAACAAUGAAUGAAAAUAUAUAGAAUGACUAUGGAUAAUUUUAAGCAUCAUCAUUAUAAUUUGUGUAAAUUACAUUUAUAUGAGAGAAACAAUUACUCAAAAUGUCAUUAACUUACAUGACAAUAAAUGAAUAUUUAACACAUUCACAUGAUAUGAUAUUCACAAUAACACAUCUAUGAAAAAAAAUUGUGUUCAGAAAAAAAACCUUUACAAACAUAAGAUUUCAUGAUUAUUAUAGAUGAACCAAACAAUAGAAUAUAAAAUGUAAACAAUUCCAUUCUACCAUAACAUAUUAUCUGGUGUUGUUUUCAUUUUCACUGGUGUUUAAACAAUGCUAACUUUGAAAACUGCAUCCACACCUUAUCACCAGUAAUUUUUUCUGUGUACGUUCUAGCAAUAUUAUGCAUCCUUAUUUUUCAGUAACAGGAUGACAUACAUUUUAUGACCUUGAAUACAUGGUUAUUCUCUGGUGUCUUAUCAAACAUAUGAUCUGACAAAGGGUUGAAGACUGUAGCACAUGAUAGUUGGUGUAGGACCACAUUUGAUGCUUGUAAUGGUUUACCAUCAUUCAUCUUCAGUACCUGUUGAAACAUUUCUCCGUCUCCUUACACACCUUGAUAAUACUGUAGGAAGCUCUUGUCAAUCCACCUCUAUCUUUUCAAUCCAGAAGGAAUAACUUUGGUGUAGAUUUCAUGUCAAUUUCAUUUUCAGCAUACAGAGCUGCUAUCAAAUAGAGCACUGAAUACAACGUUGGGCUGUGGUAGUGACAUAACCUGCGAUAUAUCCUAUAGAAGCUUCCUUUAAAGUUGAGAGAGGACUGAAGAUAAGAGCUUCUGUUACUUCAUGAUCAUCUUCCUCUUCUGUUGCAGAUAACUCCAAACCAUACUGCUUUGCUGUUGGCACAUCAUAUGUACCUGUCUCAGUGUUGUGCAUCAUCUGUGGUGACAUUGUGUAUACUAGUAUUAUCUGGUGCUAUGCAAUUACCAUGGGAACUCUUGACUUUGUGUCUCAUCAGAAGGCAUUUGUAGGCAAUAACAAACUGGCGAACCUUUGGGUUGUUAAAUUCUCCUGUGGGUCGAACUGCCCCAUAGAAAAGCUGGCUCAUCUUGUAUGUCAGUAGGUACUAUGGGAACUCUUGACUUUGUGUCUCAUCAGAAGGCAUUUGUAGGCAAUAACAAACUGGCGAACCUUUGGGUUGUUAAAUUCUCCUGUGGGUCGAACUGCCCCAUAGAAAAGCUGGCUCAUCUUGUAUGUCAGUAGGUACUUCGAUGGAGCUUUGGUGUCCUCUACCAACUCAUUGUACAGGGUAGUUACAUUAAGAACUGCAGUCAUAAAACCGAUGAAUGGGGUCUUUCUUUUGAUGCUCAUCAUGCACUCUCCAGUCAAGUCCUUCAACUGGGAUAUGUAGGCAUAAGCAACAUCUAGGAAAGGAGCCCAAAUCUGUACAUUGGAGGGCCUCAUUGGCAUAUUGUAACCUUUUGCAAUUGGAUUUCUUGAGUUUAGGAUGUCAAAGAGCUUUUCUUGCAUUGUGAACAUAUUACACAUGAAUGGGACUUAACGAGCUUUAUUAACAUAAAGUUUACUUGCAGGUGAAAAGACUUGUCUGUUAGUACAAUUCAAUGCUUUGCAUUUAGGCAUGAUUCAAAGAAAACAAAACAAUGUCUAAGCGAAACAAUUUAUUUGCAUGUGAUAAUAGCCACCAUGGGAUUUGUUUUGGGAAUGGUUUAAUGGCUGCUGAACUGUAUCAUGUGACCUCAUUGUCAGGAGCUAGAAGCACAAUCCAGGUCACUUAUAGAUCAAUGACUGUUAUGCUACAUUAUAAAUGGUUUUAAUAAUCUGUAUCUUAUUUUCUGUUAAAUCAUAGUUUUAACAUUUUAGGAAAUGUGACAAGAAAAGACUUUUGAAAUAUUUUGUGAAUGUGAACCUAAAGGUCAUACUUAAUAUAUAAAUGAGAGUUGAAACUUGAAACCAACUUUAUUUCAGUACCUGUAACUACAUCCUAUCAUUUCUGAGCCAUAUACCUAGCACAACCAAGCUUUAGGUUUUAAGGUUAGAGAUACUUGGAAUUCAUUAUGCUGCUGAACAAAGUCCACUCUUUCAGUUUGAAUUGUUAUAACUGUGAUAGUCAUCUCAUUGUUUGGGUAAGAAUAGUUGCUGAAAUGGUAGAUGUUGCUGACUGGUUGCCCUUUCUCUUGGUCAGCAGUUCUAAAUUUGGGGUGGCUGUGUGUGUAAAAUAUACUAUAUGGUCUUUUUUUGCUUUUUGUUUUUAAGUUUGAGAAGAUGAACAAGUAUUUUACACUUACAUGCAUUUCAAGUGCUUACUAUGUUCAAUGUGUGUAUAUACCAGUUGCAACCUUAUUCUUACGUUCAUUCGUCUUCAGUAUUACUGAACUCUCCAACAACAGGAGUUGCUGGAUAGUUCCUUAAUCAUACACUAAUGUGUUCUCUAGUGACAUCAGUCGUGUAGAUGUUUAGGAAUACCUGGUAGCUGUGUCCUUACUAUUUUUAUGUUUGAUAUGAAAGUAAUAAUUUCAAACUGGAAAAAUUGAUCCUAUUGUAAGAAGUAUAUAAUGGUUAAUUCUCUCAGUCUUAUCCAGAACUUUUCCAGAUUCAACUAGUGCUUUAAACAGAUAGAGGAGUGCUGUCUCUUACUUUGUGCACACAUUGAUUGUAUUUUAUUGGUUUGUUCUCUUGUGUAUCAGAAUUAAUAAACAUUAUUUUGUGUUAUUGUAAA